AUGCGCCUGAGUCCCCUGACCACCCUCUGCUAUGUUCUUCAGGGCUUGGAUUUUGAGACCACGCAGCAGUACGUCCUUUACGUGACAGUGGUGGAUGCAGUGCCCUUGGCAUCUCUCUUCACCUCUACGGCCACGGUCACCGUGGACGUGUUGGACGUGAAUGAGGCCCCUGUCUUUGUACCCCUGAUAGAGAUGGUGGAAAUGCCCAAGGACAUCAGUGUGGGCCAGGAGAUCACAUCCUACAGGGCCCAGGACCCAGAUAGCUUCCACUCUCAGGAAAUCAGGCAGGACUGGAGGUGUGGCUUGGCCUUGCUGCCGUUCGGACCUGCUCAAGGCACCCAGGGCUGAGACCCAGCCACGUGCCUGGAGAGCUGGCCGGAGGAAAUACUUACAUUUGUCAACCCCCAGUACCUCAUUAUGCCCCGGGAGGGUGGUUGGAGGACACAUGUCCCCAGUCCUGUAAGAACGAGGGUUUAUCCCUUUCAGGUACCAGAUAGGGCACGACCCCAGCCAUCAGCUGGACAUCAAC